CGGCUUCCUCUCCCCUCACAACAACAAACAGCUGGCAGCUGCUAAAGAUGGCCGCCGCGACCAUGGCGGGGCUCGACGCCCACAGGAUGGAGGAGAAGAAGUUCGAGUAUUUCUCCUCCAUCAACUCCAUGGCGAAGAAGAUCAUGCAGGAGCGGGAGAAAAUCAAAGCCCAGCACGGCUCCUCGUGGGAGAAGAUGUCCCCUCAGGAGCAGGACUCGGCCAUCGACAACGAGAUGAUGGACCCUCAUAUCCGAGCCCGGUACGCUAUGCACAGAGUGGAACGGGACGAGGUGACCUGUUACCCCAAACUGCUGAUCCAGACGGGUCAGAAGAUGGUCCACUUCGGAGAGGAGGAUAUCACCUGGCAGGAUGAACACUCUGCGCCUUUCUCAUGGGAAACUAAGAGCCAGCUGGACUUCAGUUUGACACCGGGCUCCUCGGAGCAGGGGGUCUCGGCCUCACAGGCGGACUCCAAGGCUGCGAAGACUCCUCAUUCUGGACAGAUAGGCAAGAGUACACCAGGAACCAAGGUGUCUGUCAGCGAGGGACGCCGGCCAGACGAAGAGUCAUCUUUCUGGAAGAUCACCUCUGAGAGGUCCCGGCUGGAGGGAGAACAAGCCGACUUCCAGUCCCUAACCCCGAGCCAGAUCAAGUCCCUGGAGAAAGGAGAGAAAUCCCUGCCCUCCUACCUCCGACAGGAGACCUCCAAGGAGCCCGAGCCAGCAGAAUCUCACCCUUCAGCUCCAGCACCAGCACCUGCGAGAUCCAUCAAGCAGCGAGCACCCAAACCCCCUGCUCCCCCGCCCCCUAUCCCAGUCGCUGUCAGCGCAACGCCCGCAUCCAUCUCCAUCUCCCCUCACCCGGUCCCUCCGGUCAGCGUGUCCUCGUCGGUCGCAGGCUGGGAGCGUUCCCAGAGCACCUUGCCGUCGGUCGGCACCACCGUGGACGAGGUGUUCUCCUCCAGCAUGAUGGCCAAGUCCCCGAGUCAGCCCAGCGGUGCGGAGAGAGAGAGAGGGGAAGAUGGUUCGGCAUCUAGUCCUACUUUUGGACAGUACAACACAAGCAACAACAUCCUGAAGACCGGAUUCGACUUCCUGGACAACUGGUAACCCACGGCCCGGACCAGUCAGCGCUCUGAAUGAAUCAUCAUUAUCUUAAUCAUCAUCAUCAUCAUCAUUCACUCCAAAGGAGGACCACACUGCCAUGACCACAGAAACCCACGUCUAGAUUUAAAAACCACCAGUCUAUGAGUAGACCACAUUACGUUCUUGUAAUUAUCUUCAGUGGCUUGUUAAGACAUUAUCUCACCGACUGUGCGCUGGUCCCCCCCAAAAUCCACCAUCCCACUAGAAAGCUCCCUUUACUCUCUGAUUGGUUGACUCUCUUUAUGUGCUUGCCAAACACCCCCCCUUUUCUCCCUCUAAGUACAGAUAGCAGAACUUCAAAGACCUGCGUGUGCGUGCUCCCUGACUGUGCAUUCACUCUGCUAUCAGCAGGGUGCAAAGGUUGUACAAAGCUUAUCUGUGUCUGUGAUCCCUGUUAUAAACUAAGUCACUGCCUGCACAUCUACAGGGCCAUCAGAUACCACGAAGCUAACGUACACGCAGCCGUGAAACGCUCGAUGAUGGUGGCGAAUCAGACUCGACUCUGAUGUAGCUUUGAAAGACGUUUGAAGCGUUCAUUCCUUUUUUAAAAAUAUGCAAAUUAUGAGGCACUUUGAGUAAAAGAUGCAUUUGUUGUUAUAUUUAUCUGUAAUGUUAAAUCUUCCAGUUUCCUCCACGGUACGAUGUUUCCUUGCUAGCUAGCUGGAAAGACUUAGCAGCUCAUCGGCAGCUCUAGCUCAGCGAUCCAUGCAAUAUACUGUAGCACGAUCAAAAGCAGCGCAAGCUAAGUCUCCUACAUCUCGCUAAUAAUGAUGCCGGCCUGUCCGUCUUCUUCUAUGGCGUCAUCUUUGUUGACUUACCCUCGUCUUUGUCUCACUGCCCUCUACUGGUUUGGCGGUGUAGUGAGACUUCUUCUUUUUUUCUCCGUACGUUACUGAUUUGAUUUGCAUAAUCUUCCCGGGACUUCAGCCCGUGGUCGAAUGGCAGACAAUGAUGGCGCCACAGGAACCUGUUAGUUCCUGGAAGAGUAGUUCUGGGGGCUAAAAGUCCCCGUAUGAUUCUCACGGCUCCACAGGGAUCGUAACGCCCCCCUUGCUCUUCCUUUUGGUAGGUCAAUUCAUCAGAAUAACCAAAUCAAAACAAACGUCAUCUGAAGGCUCUUUUCAAACAGAGCAGGUCUAUACCGUACUCUGUUCUAUUAUUAACAAAGAUUCAGAUUCAGACAACUUUAUUGAUCCCAAGAAGGGCAAUUCAUUUAUAGCUAACCAUACAACAUUUAACAUUUACAACACAUCCAUCAUAUAUACCUGCUACAAGUCACAGGUCACAAGACCAGAGGGUCUGUGGAGGACAGCAAUAAGUUAAUGUAAUAGAUAAAUAACAGUAAGAUAAGACAAUGAUUAAAAGACAAGUCCUUGUCAUAGCAAUGUUAUUUAAAAUGACUAAAAAGACUGCCGUCUGAGUUUAAAAGCCUGAUAGCAAACGGGAUAAAAGAUUUGGAUUAACGAUUCGUUCUCCUCCCGGGUGCAUAAAAACGGCUAGCUGAAGGCAUCAGUACAAAGACCCAACAUCAAGACAGGAUAAGAUCCAGUCCGAUCUUACAGACAGGACUCAGUCUGAUCGCAUCUUAAUCCACCAUGAGCAGAGCACUUUGCAGCAUUUAGCAAGUUACAGUGGCAAGGACAAACUUCCUUUAACAGGCAGAAACCUCCAGCAGGACCAGACUCAUGUUAGACGAUUGGCAGAGACCGUGUUGCGUUUGGACAGAGGGAGAGAGGAGAUGAAGAGAGAGAGAGAUCAUAGUGGUGAGAAGUAUAGUAGUAGUUACUGCAGCUUGAUUAUGGCAAGGACAAACUUCCUUUAACAGGCAGAAACCUUGAGCAGGACCAGACUCGUGUUAGACACACAUCUGCUGAGACCGUUAUGGGUUUGGAAAGAGGGAUAGAGGUGAUGACAGUGGUGAGGCGAGUAGUAGUAGUUGUUGCAGCUGGAGUCUGGCACGUCAAACUUCCUUAAACAGGCAGAAACCUUGAGCAGGACCAGACUCAUGUUAGACAGACAUCUGCUGAGACCGUGUUGGAGAGAGGGAUAGAGGAGACAAAGAGAGAGAGAGAGAUGAUAGUGGUGAGAUUGAUAGUAGUAGUUGUUGCAGCUGGAGUCUGGCACGUAAAACUUCCUUUAGCAGGCAGAAACCUUGGGCAGGACCAGACUCAUGUUAGACAGACAUCUGCUGAGACCGUGUUGGAGAGAGGGAUGAUAGCGGUGAGACAGAUGGUAGUAGUUGUAGCAGCUGGAGUCCUUUUAAACAGGCAGAAACCUCCAGCAGGACCAGACUCAUGUUAGACAAACAUUUGCUGAGACCGAAAGGGGACUUCAAAUCUUGUUUCCUUGGUUUGGACGCCAACACCGGUCACAUCAUGAAGAUUUUAAAAGCCGUUUCAAAGAGAAUAGAUACUUUGAUGCCAGAAUUGUCAAUCCACACCACACAUGCAACUUUAUUUUAAAGACCUACGGCACACUCACAUAUCUUAAAUCACCAUACCUGGCUUUAAAAGCUAAGAUUUGUCUGCUUUGUUAUCUCGUCUACACGUUCCAGCUGCUUGUCGUGUGAAUGCACAGUCACGCCGCGAGCAGAAAGCCUUCGUGUGUAACUUUUAGACACUAAAAUACUAAGCAGUUCUAUAUUUUGUACCGUUAGCAUGUCGAACUUCUCCUCCGUGCAUCCCUCUAGACCCCCUCCUCCAUUUUUAAUGUUUAUUUUUGUUAUGAAGAAUUUGCUCUCUAUCGUGCUUUUAUUUAUAUUAGUUCUAUAUUCCUAUGAAUCUUUAAGAGUUUUACAGUUUAAGUAGUGCUCGGUCUUGCUUUAGGCCUCGUAGAUAAAGCUCCUACUGGUACUGGAGUUCCUUGACUCUCGUGGAUCAUUCCCCCCACCGUCGCUUCAUCUUACAAGAAUAUAGCAGAAUGUAUUCCAUUUUUUACACAUUCAUUGAGUUAGAUUGUGGUUUUUAGUUAGAGGAAAACUUGGCUUCUUAAAAAGGAAUGGGAGAAAAAAAUAAAAAAACAGCAGCCAUGGAAGUGCUUAGACUUACUCAUGGAAAACUCUGUAUGUCCAGGGCUGCCAUGUGAAACUGUUACAGAUGUCCUGUGGGGAUUUUAGCUGCUUGCCAACACUUCCUCACCAAAGUCACUAUCCUCCCACGACUGUCACCUUUGACCUCAAACUUGUGCUGAGCAAAUGUGGGCGUUUAUAAUGAAAGUUUAAAAAAAAGGCACCCAAGUGUUUCCGGUGUUUUAGAUAAACAGGCAGGCAUGUAGUGAUUUGCACCAAUUGUGUCAUAGAUUGAAAAAAAAAAAUCCAGUUUACAUGACUAGAGUACUAUUUUACUGAAUUUUAUAUUUAUCUCCUGAUUGUAUCUUAUUCUAUACGUGUAUAUGCACUCUGCAUUUUUGGGGUCACAAAUUGGAAGGAAGUGAAUAAAAAGAUUAAAGUCAAA